GCGGCCUAGUGCUGGGUUUUUCUCUCUCCUUUAAACCCUAAAGAGGCCUAAACAGUUUGCAUCUAGUUCGGUGACUCACCUGUUGCCAGUUUAAGAAACCAGAAACUCCUGAGAUGAUCUCGCGACACCAGCUGGUUUCUGGCACAGGAACAGCCACUUUCUGUUUCGUGCCAAGCAUUCGCACCCUGUAUGUAGCUAGAGAAGAAGAAGACGACGACACUCCUGCUUGCCAGGAAGGAGCCAUGGCUGCUGUCUUUCUCCCAGGGAACCUUCAAGAUGAAGCCACUUGCUCUGUCUGCCUGGAGUAUUUCAGAGACCCUGUUUCCAUCGAGUGUGGACACAAUUUCUGCCGAGCCUGCAUCUCCAAGAGCUGGAAGAGUCUGGAGGGAGAAUUCCCCUGUCCUCAAUGCAGAGAGGUUUUCAAGGAAAGGAACUUCAGACCCAACAGACAGUUGGCCAACAUGUCUGAGAUCAUCAGCCAGUUCAUCCUGCAUGGCACAAAGGGCCUUGAGGAGGACGGGCUCUGCGAAAAGCACAAGGAAGCUCUGAAACUCUACUGCAAAGAUGACCAGAAGACCAUCUGUGUGGUGUGUGACCGGUCUCGGGACCACCGGCCUCAUGCUGUGGUGCCUGUAGAAGAGGCAGCCCAGGAGUACAAGGAACAAAUUCAGAGCCGUUUGGAUUUCUUGAAAAAAGAGAGACAAGAACUUCUGGAAUUCAAAACGCAGGAUGACAAGAAAAGCCAGGAUCUUUUGAAAACGAUAGAGGUUGAGCGACAGAAAGUCCUCUCUGAAUUUGAGGGGCUGCGUCAGUUUCUGCAUGAGCAAGAGCAGCUCCUAUUGGGCCAACUGGACAAGAUGGAGAAGGGCAUCACCAAGAGGCAGAAUGAGAACAUCACGGAGCUCUCCAAGGAGAUCUCUCUCCUCAACAAACUCAUUGCUGACUUGGAGGAGAAAAUCCAGGAGCCAGUGCUUGAUUUCCUCAAGGAUGUGACGAGUGCCAUUAUCAGAAGUGAUGAUCUUAAGUGUCAGAAGCCCAUCCCUGUUUCUUCUGAUAUGAAAGGUCAUAUCUGCAAUUUCUCUCUGAAGACUGUGGUCCUCAAGGGAGUGCUAAAGAAAUUUAAAGAUCAUCUGCGGGAUGAACUGGGGAAAGGUGAGAAAGAGGACUUGCUUCUGGAUCCGGAAACAGCCAACCACCUCCUCAUUCUCUCUGCUGACCUAAAGAGUGUGAGGAUGGGCUGCAGAAAGCAAGAUCUACCUGACAACCCCAAACGCUUUGAUACCAAUUCCCGAGUUCUGGCUUCAGAGGGAUUCAAGACAGGGAGGCAUUAUUGGGAGGUGGAAGUGGGGAGUGCAGAUGGUUGGGCCUUUGGAGUGGCCAAGGAAUCGGUGCGAAGGAAAGGAUUGACUCAGUUUUGUCCUGAGGAGGGUAUCUGGGCAUUGCAGCAAAAUAGUGGGCGGUUUUGGGCUGUUACGACCCCUCAGCGCACUCCAAUUUUCCUGACUGAGAGGAUCAACAAAAUUAGAGUCUACUUAGACUAUGAAGGAGAAGAGGUGUCUUUCUACAAUGCAGAGAACAUGCAGCACAUUUUUACAUUUAACAUCUCCUUCACAGAAAGGGUGUUUCCACUCUUUUCAGUUUGCUCCACUGUAACUUACAUUAAACUUUGCUCCUGAAAUGAAUUGGUGUUGAGCUGAGGUAUUGGGCUGUGUAUGUGCAUGCACACAUACAGCAAAGUACCACUCACUUUUCCUGCCAAGAAUUCACUGAGAACAACUGAGGUCCUAAUCACAUGACUAUGAGAUAUGUGAUAGCUGCACUUGAAAAGCCUGUGCAAAGGGGCCUCCAGGUUGUGGCAAGCUAGGUGUGCAUGCCCUCUGCUGGCGUGUUAAAAUAUGGCACUUACCAGUGUGCAUGCGUUGAAAGCUAAGCCCUGUGCACGGCAGUGGGUUGCACAACUGAUUUGCCAUGGACACCCAAGGGUCAUGUGAAUUAGGCCUUGAUUUAUUUAGUCAUAGAUCUGUGAGCUGCUGUUCCCUACCCCAAGUCCCAUUGUUACUGGUGCUAGAUGUAUCUCUUUCUUGCGUGCCUGAAAGUAGAGAAGAACAUAUUUAUUGAGGUGCAUAGUUUUCUCUUCCAUUUGGCAGCCCUCAGAUAGGCAACUAUCUGUAAACCGCCCUGAUCCAUUUUGGAAGGGCAGUAUAGAAAUUGAAUGAAUAAAUGAAUAAAUAAUAAUAGUGUCCCCAUUUUACAGAUGGGAUUGUUGUGCCUGAAAGGUGAUGGGGCUGGAACUACAUCUGAAAUCUUGGCUUUUUACCCAAGCUUUUAUAUGAUUGUCUCUAUUGCUGCUUCUUUGUAUUUUGUAUAGUUAUCUUAUGCUUGUAUUUUAAAUCUUUUUAACCAGAUCUAUGUUUUUAUAUUUUAGCUUAAUAUUUUAACUGUGUAAUUUUUAUAGUCUUGUUUUAAUUUUUGUGUGAACCGCCUUGGGAUUGUUUUAAUGAAAGGCGGUAUACAAAUUUAACAAUCAAUCAAUGAAUCAAUAUUACUGCAGGAUUAAUAUCAGUGCUAGUACUCAGAACAAUCACCUGUUUUUCUCCUUACCAUUGUGUGGGCAUGUUGAAAUUUUAUACUGAGUAUUUGCUUCAUUUCUAGUCAUUUCUCCACCUCAGGUUGUAUCCAAAGAAAGUGAAUCCCAACCAAGUUCCUCUGGAAUUCAUGGGAUUAAUUUAGUCAAUGACUAUCUUAUUUCACUGAUUUCAAUGUGCUCAGUCAGGAUUUACUUGCUUUGAACACAAUCCCUUGUUUUGGGUCAGUGGAAUUAUCUACACUAAAGACUUAAACGGAUUCAGAUCCCUCUUCCCUGGGAACUACAGUUCUGUGAGGGUCUAAGGAUUUCUUCUAGAGACUUCUCUGCACCCUUGCCAAACGAUAGUUCCUAGGAUUCUUGAGGAGGGGGUCGUGACAGUUAGUUUGAUAUUAAGCUGAUGCAUGUAUGGAAAUACACAAUGUCUUUGACAUUGUCUUAUCUGUGGAGGAGUCCAUUUUAAGUAAUGGAUUCCACUUUUAGCUCUUGAUGCAAGCAUGAUUUGUACACUGCAUGUCUGUUAGUAUUUUGUACCUGAUUUUUUUUAAUUCUAUGAAACAGAACUGAUUGUCCAACGGGCUUUUGAGACCUGCUGAUUGUUGAAAGCCCUCUGCAAGUAAAACCUGAAGACAUGACCUGAUUUCCUCUUCUCCCCCCACCCCCACCUCAUGUACCUUAUUUUUGCCAUGCUCUCUGCCUAGUCUUGGUCAUUGUUAAUACAGUUUAGUGGGAUGGGCAGCUAGGUUGCUCUUGAAUCAUCUUGGAAUGCUUCUCUGCUACUCAAUUCUCCACAUGUUUACUUGGAAGUAAGCCUCACAGCAUUCAGUGGAGCUUACUUCCAGGAAGUUGUGCACAGGAUUGCAGCCUUUGCAUAAGACUGCUGUCUUAAAGUCACAUCCAUUUGCAGGGUGGGAACUGGUAUGCUUGAAUAUGAGCUGGAGCAAGAGAGGUGGUUGACAAGGAUAGUAAAUGGCUGAGAGGGAAAGUUGAACAUGUCAAUACCUGGGCUGAUGUAGCAAUGAAUUUAGAACUGUGUAAUACCCUACAAUGUAUUUGCUUCUAUGCCCUUGUAAUCCUUGCUCAGUCUGUAUAUUUGUAAAUAAACUCAUUAUUACAGAGACAA